AUGAAGACGAGAAAGACGUGGAGAGAGGAAGUCAUUUCAUCUGAUUUUAAUUCAGUAAACAGACAGAGGAUCAAAGCCACUCAUUCAGAAAUUAUGCGAGAUCUCCAGCUCAUCUCUGAGUGUAGUUCGAAAAUCAUAUACAACAAGCAAUCCAUGUACCCUGAGCUUGACUCUUACGAUCCUAGAAAGCAUACAAAAGUAAUUUUCACAUAGAGAACCAAAUGCUUGAAACCAAAAACUAUGCAAGAUGACGAUAUUUCAGGGAUUCUAGGUCUGGCCUCAUUUAUCAGUGAAAUCGAGGCUUUUAACUCUCAAGAGCCAGCACCUGCGCCCGAGCUACCGAAAAAGAAGCCGAGAGUAAGUCAGAGUAAGAAUAAUCCCAACAAUUUUGACCAUAAUCCGAUGUCUCAGAUCCACCAGCUCAUGAAAGGGAUGAACCAAAGAGCUGGAGUCAACGGUCAAUUAUCAAGCUCCUUUAGCUAUUCUGUAGGAAGCACAAAGCCUAUUAAUAUGGCUGCUCAAAAGAGUAAAUCAAUAGGGCAGGAUUACCAUAGAUGUGCGACGCAUUUGUCCAUUGCGUUGUAUAUAAAAAAUUUACAAGAAAAUAUGAAGUUAAAGAAGCAAAAGGUUGAAAAAUAA